AUGUUUCUGCUUGGCAAAGGAUGGCCAGUGUUCUUUAUUAUUUCAUGGUUUACAUCAUUAAUUAAAGCUCAAGCUUCUCCCGAGAAUCCAUUCAUAUGGCAAAUCUUGGCUGAAUACGAUGUAGCUGAAUCAAACAAGACCAAAAUGUAUCUGGCAGAGACUUCCCAAAAAAUCUACAGUCAGGAUUUCCAGACAGUGUUUGAAAAUAAAGACCGUUGGGGUUACAAUGAGCGCCUUGUCAUUGAUUUUGGCGAUGGCUGCCCGCAAACAGCCAUAGACGAUGUCGAGAGUUUGAACAAUAAUUGGGCCACUAGCCCAGCCAUGAUGUCGCAACCAUCAAUUGCACUUGUUGAGCGGGGAGGUCGAUGUUCGCCAUGGUCUGACAAGAUCUCCACCGUACAGAAUCUGUCUGACAAAUACGCCCUCAAAGUCUCUGGCAUCGUUAUUUACGACAACAACCGUUAUAACGAUUCCACAUUCAUUCAGGAGUCAACUGAAGAUGUAUCUUAUCCAAAGUGGACCUCGACGCUACCCGAUUAUCGCAACAUCAAGUAUAUGACUGACAACACCAUCGAUACAGGCUCUACAUUCGUUGCUGUCUAUUUUGUGCCUCGAAACUACAUUGACUAUCUCAACUCAACGCUGAUAAAAAAGACUUUGACAAUGAACGGCACUCGACAGAUGUACACACAGCUUACAUUCUCUCUGGGCGAGAACAAUUUCCCAUCAUCAAGUGACCCCAGUGCUUCCACUGGUUCUUCUACCACAAACAACGGCCAGGACGACGAAAAUACCUGGGAUCUGGAAAGAGAUAAAAGAAACUACAUCAUCUACUCGGUAACAGCAGCUGUGAUUAUGAUUCUUGUGUUUGUCAUUACACGCUGGUGUAGAGCAUUUGCCAGAAGUCGAGUAUUGCAGGAUGUGGAAGCUGGUGCUGCUCAAGGAAAUUUGCUCAUGCAAGAGAGCAAGGGCGCUGUGAUACCAUUUGAGCAACUGCAGCACUUGGGCCCGAUUGAAAAGUAUGGCGAGGCAACCAUGCUGAAUUCGACAUGUGCCAUCUGUUUGGAUGAUUUUGAAAGUGAUUACUACGUCCGUGUGCUGCCUUGUCAUCAUGGCUACUGCACUGCUUGUAUAGAUGUCUGGCUGACCAAAAAGUCGAGCAACUGCCCCAUUUGUAAAUAUGAUUGUAGAACAACGCUGCAGGAAAAGGGCCUGCUUGUGGUUGAGCAAACAGAGGAGAAUCCAAUGGACGAUUCAGCAACUUCUGCAAGCACUGCACCCGAAGUUCAUAUAGAAAUGGAGCCUGUUUCUCAUCCGAAUCAAAGAGACAAUCCGGCGACAGCUAACAAUAACAAUGCUCAAUAG